GCCGCGCUCGGCCGCCAGCACUAAAGAUGGAGAGGCGCCGGGGCCUCGCAGGGGAGGGGGCUCGGCGUUGACGUGGAACGCGGCGGAGGCGCCGCAGCCGGUGGUGAUUUGCUAACCUCGCAGCACAGAGGAGUUAAGGGCGAUGAGAGCGGGUACUGCGAACUGCCGGGCUAUGCCGCCGCCGCCGCCGUAAUACCGAGAGCAACAGUUCCACCACAACACCCCUCCCAGACACAGACACACACACACCCCCACAGGCACGCACACCCACCCCAGAGCGCACGGCUCGGCAGCGGCCUUUCUGUCUAGCUGACCCUGCAAGGCCAUCCUGCCCUAACACACAGAGACCAGAAGGAAAGACAGCCUCAUGCCUAAGCCCCGGACAGUGCCAUGGAUCUGACAAAGAUGGGCAUGAUCCAGUUGCAGAACCCCAGCCACCCCACGGGGCUGCUGUGCAAAGCCAACCAGAUGCGGUUGGCAGGGACUCUGUGUGAUGUGGUCAUCAUGGUGGACAGUCAAGAGUUCCAUGCUCACCGCACAGUCCUGGCCUGUACCAGCAAGAUGUUUGAGAUCCUUUUUCACCGAAACAGCCAGCACUACACCUUGGAUUUCCUGUCGCCAAAGACCUUCCAGCAGAUCCUGGAGUAUGCCUACACAGCCACCCUCCAAGCUAAGGCUGAGGACUUGGAUGACCUGCUCUAUGCAGCGGAGAUCCUGGAGAUUGAGUACCUGGAAGAACAAUGUCUGAAGAUUCUGGAGACCAUCCAGGCCUCGGAUGACAAUGACACAGAGACCACCAUGGCAGAUGGUGGUGCUGAGGAGGAAGAGGACCGAAAGGCCAGGUACCUCAAAAAUAUCUUUAUCUCAAAGCAUUCCAUCGAGGACAGUGGGUACGCCGGCGUGGCUGGGCAGCACCUCCCUGGAGCCGUGGCAGAGCAGAACCCUUCUGUGUCCACUUCUUUUGGCCUGGCAGCCAUGAGUCCCACCAAGGCUGCUGUGGAUAGCUUGAUGAGCAUCGGACAGUCUCUCCUCCAGGGAGCCCUGCAGCCACCUGGGGUGCCGGAUGAGUCUAGCUUAGCCACUGUUGGGCGGCACCCUGGGGUGGCAGAGGUAAAGACUGAGAUGAUGCAGGUGGAUGAAGUGCCUGGUCAGGACAGCCCGGGGGCAGCUGAGUCCAGCACCUCAGGUGGGGGUGGGGACAAGGCUGAGGAGAGGAGCAAGGAUGGUCCUGGGACCCCCACUAGGAGCAGUGUUAUCACCAGCGCUCGGGAGCUGCACUAUGGACGGGAGGAGAGUAUAGAGCCGCCGGUGCUCCCUGCUGAAGCCAGCCAGGGCCCUCCUGGUCGGCCUGAGCACUCCGUUGCCUCGGCUGAGAAGCACCUGGGCAUCUAUUCCGUUCUUCCCAAUCACAAGGCGGACUCGGUACUGAGUGUGCCGUCCUCCAUGACCUCAACCCUGCACAUGCAGCCAGCAGCACUGGCUGUCUCCAUGGACUUUAGCACCUAUGGUGGGCUACUGCCCCAGGGCUUCAUCCAGAGGGAGCUCUUUAGCAAACUGGGCGAGUUGGCUGUGGGCAUGAAGACUGAGAACCGGGCCAUGGGGGAGCAGUGCAGUGUCUGUGGGGUUGAACUUCCCGACAAUGACGCUGUGGAGCAGCACAGGAAGCUGCACAGUGGGAUGAAGACUUACGGGUGUGAGCUGUGUGGGAAGCGGUUCCUAGAUAGUUUACGACUGAGAAUGCACUUACUGGCUCAUUCAGCUGGUGCCAAAGCCUUCGUCUGUGAUCAGUGUGGUGCCCAGUUCUCCAAGGAGGAUGCGCUGGAGACACACAGACAAACACACACAGGCACUGACAUGGCCGUCUUCUGUCUACUGUGCGGAAAGCGCUUCCAGACUCAGAGUGCACUCCAGCAACACAUGGAGGUCCAUGCAGGUGUUCGCAGCUACAUCUGCAGUGAGUGCAACCGCACUUUCCCCAGCCACACGGCUCUUAAGCGCCACCUUCGCUCCCAUACAGGUGACCAUCCAUAUGAAUGCGAAUUCUGUGGCAGCUGUUUCCGGGAUGAGAGCACUCUCAAGAGCCAUAAGCGUAUCCACACGGGGGAAAAGCCCUAUGAGUGCAAUGGCUGUGGAAAGAAGUUUAGCCUCAAGCACCAGCUGGAGACCCACUAUAGGGUCCAUACAGGUGAGAAGCCCUUUGAGUGUAAGCUCUGUCACCAGCGUUCCCGGGACUACUCCGCCAUGAUCAAACACCUGAGAACACACAAUGGCGCCUCCCCCUACCAAUGUACCAUCUGCACCGAGUACUGCCCCAGCCUCUCGUCCAUGCAGAAGCACAUGAAGGGCCACAAGCCUGAGGAGAUCCCACCUGACUGGAGGAUCGAGAAGACUUACCUCUAUUUGUGUUACGUGUGAAAGGCACUCCAGGGGAGUAGGAAGAGGAGGAAGUGGAAGAAGUGAGAGAGAGAUGGAAUCACUGAAGGACUGCACACACACACACAUAUACACACG